UUGGGAAUCGAGACUUAAACCCAAAACCGGAACUCCAUUGAUACUCCUGAGCUGAGUCCGGACAGAGCUUGUUAUUCAUUUUGAAAGAGAGAAAGGAGAAGAAGUACAAAAUUACGAUCAGAAUGCGUAUCUUAGCAAGACAAUUAACUACUUAUUUGUCUAGAGGUAGAGGGUAUCCCCAAAAUAAGCUAAUCACUACACGCAGAUUCUCGUCAUUUGCUCCAAAAGAUGAGAUUGCACUUGAAGCGGAAGUGGAACGAAAAGUUGGAUGGAUGUUGAAAGCAUUUUAUGUCGCCAGUGCUACAUUUGUUGGUUACCAAUUCUUUCCAUACAUGGGAGAUAAUCUGCUUCAUCAGUCUAUAUCGCUGAUGCAUGUCAAGGAUCCAUUAUUUAAAAGAAUGGGAGCGUCUAGAAUAAGCCGUUUUGCUGUUGAUGAUGAAAGAAGGAUGAGAGUAGUAGAGAUGGGUGGAGACAAAGAUCUCGUAGAAAUGUUGAAGUUUGCCAAAGACGACAAAACACGCAAGUCAGCAUUAAAGGCUCUCUCUGCCCUUUCAAACUCAGAUGAAGCUGCUGGAGCCUUGCACCAAGCUGGAGCAAUCUCUGUUAUCAAGUCCACACCAGUAUCAUUGGAGGAUGCUGCACUUAAUACGUACAAGAUCAAAUUGCUACAGAGGUUUCAAGAUUUGAAAUACGACGAGGUCCAGCCAGAUCUCAGCUAAAAAUUGUUAGAGAUGAUGUCCCUUGUCUUACAUGGUCAAUUUUUUUGGAUGACAGACAAUUUCGUGACUUGUGUCACCAAUCAUCUAACACAUGAAAGAGUGUGUCGUUAUGUCCCGAAACCGGUUAAUGAAAUAAAAUGUAGAAAAAAGGCUUCCUUCUUUUUCUUUGUGAACAUUGUGCAAGUUAGAUGUAAUACAAAAGAUGUGACUUUUUGAAUUCUUAAGUUUAAGAUUUGUUUCUG